GACAUUCGGAGUACGUGUCCAAACCUAGAGAGUUGUGGGGGAGUAUUAGCCUCUGGUAGUCGGUACGUCGUCAAUUUCGUCAGUUUUUCAAUCAAAAUGAUCAUGCGUGUCGUCGGGAACCGCACGUAAGCUAACUCUCCAUUAUUUACCGCUGACUGUUUGCCAUUUGCAUCAGAUGCUGGCCAGCGCUCCCAUAAAUUGCAUCUUUCCUGUCUGCGGACGACCUGCAAGUGAAUUACGGCCUCAAAAGUGAAAGUUUUCUCAUAAAUAAACGUUUUUGUGAGGUUUCAGUGACGCGUUUGAAUAAUUCUUAGCCACGGUCGUUUCUUUACAACAAAUUGUCUGUUGUGUUGUUAUUGUUUUGGCUUUCGUUCGGUCGCUGCCGCGAAUGCAAAGUGCAUCGCCCACCUGAGUCGCGGUCACGACGACGUUCUUCUGAGUGGGAAGUGAAAAACGCGAAAUGUCACUGCCAAGGAAAGUGACCAAGGUUUUCCUCGGUCUUGCUGUGGCUUGGCUGGCCGUGUGCCACUCGAGUACCGGCUUUUUCUACUCGGAGCCAGAUGAUGGCCGUUCGGAGAAAAAUUGCUUCUGCGAGCUACAAGGAUCCAUCAACGACUGCAGCUGCACUGUCGACACCGUCGACCACUUCAAUAACAUGAAGAUCUUUCCGCGGCUUCAGAGUCUGCUCAUCAAAGACUUCUUCCGCUUCUACAAAGUCAACCUGAGGCAGGAGUGCCCGUUCUGGGCGGACGACAGCAAGUGCGCAAUGCGCUUCUGCCACGUGCAGUCCUGCGAGGAUAAGGACAUUCCCGAGGGACUCAAGGGACAACCAGAUCAACCAGAGUCCCCGGCACAGAAGUAUUUGGAAGAGACACAAGACCUUGGAGACUGCAACGAAGAGCUCAGUUACUUAAAUACCAGCAUAAGUCCGGCUGCCCACCAAGGCUUCCAGAAGUGGGCUGACCACGAUGCAGCCGAGGAGGAAUUCUGUAUAUUAGACGAUACGCAGAAUGGAGCUGAAUACGUAGAUCUUCUAUUGAAUCCCGAACGUUAUACAGGUUACAAGGGAGAAUCGGCGCAUAGGAUUUGGAAGAGCAUCUAUUUGGAAAAUUGUUUCAAAACUGCAAAUCAAAGUCAAAAAUUGUCAGCGUAUAUUCCGCAACUAGAUAUGUCCUAUGCUUGCAUGGAACAAAGAGCUUUCUAUCGCUUGAUAUCGGGACUCCACGCCAGUAUUAAUAUUCAUUUGAGCGCUAAAUAUCUGUUGUCGGAGUCAAAGGAUUUCCUGGAUCCGAAGGGUGUUUGGGGACCAAAUGUUAAAGAAUUUCAAAAGAGAUUCAGCCCAGAAACAACGAACAACGAAGGACCACAUUGGCUCAGGAAUUUAUAUUUCAUAUAUUUAGUAGAACUCCGGGCUUUAGCUAAGAUUGCACCAUUUUUGCGCAAGGAAGAAUUCUACACAGGAAGUCAAGAGGAAGACCGAGAAGUGAAAGUAGCUGUGAACGAUUUACUUAACGUAGUAGAAUCAUUUACUUCACACUUUGAUGAAAGCCUCAUGUUCACGAGUGGCUUAGGUGCCAUCAAAUUAAAGAGUGAUUUCCGUGAGAAGUUCCGGAACAUUUCACGCAUCAUGGAUUGCGUUGGUUGUGAUAAAUGCCGGCUAUGGGGAAAAUUGCAAACUCAGGGGCUUGGAACUGCUCUAAAGAUUUUAUUCUCUGAAAAAUUGAACUACGUGACUGAAACGAAUUCUUGGAAUAGGCAUACCGAAUUAGGAUCACUGUUUCGUCUUUCCCGUACUGAAAUUGUAGCCCUGUUCAAUGCUUUUGGAAGGCUUUCGAACAGUAUAUACGCUCUGGAAGAUUUCCGUAAACGGUUAAGACAAUAGCAUGAAAUCGGAGCAAAGUGGAGUUCUAGAUUAUUAAGCAAACAAUUGAUUCUUCAAUGUGAUUUUCAUUCCCUCUACACGUAAAUAGCAAGCCACAGAAAAACUGAAUUUGAAGGAACUUAAGUUAACACCACAAAUUCAAUGAAAUUUUUAACGAUAUAUUUUUGAAGUCUACAAUAUUCCGUCUUAUUAUCGUAAUCUUACCUUCAGAUUUGCUUUUCUACCCUCGUGGAAUGUUUCUGAAAAUGAUAUUCGUACCUUGUUAAUUGAUACUGUAAUGAUAAACCGAGUGCAAUUAUUACGUUUGAACGUGAGAAGUAAACAAUUAUCCGAGAGUGUUAGCCGCAACGCAAAUAUUCCCAUUAUUCAGCUAAAUAUUCUGCUAACAUGGUAUACGUAUGAUUAGUUUGAUUCAAUUUGACAUCACAAAAAAAAAAUUAGAUUGUAAGUGUUGUUUGUAUAUUUAAUCAUAAUUUAUUUAUUAGUAAAAACCUAAGUCUUCGUUUUUGUAUAUUUGAUACAAAACAAUUAAGAUGUAGUGGACAUUUUUUUGUAAAAAAAUAAAGUUUUACACCGAACUGCCUAA